GUGAAAACCGCGAGGUGGGAAAGAAACGAGAAAUAAACCAUCAGGGAAAGAUGAGGCGAGUGUCCUUUCGGCUGGGAUCUCCGCCUCAUCUGCAAGCCAUAACAGCCAGCCUGUGGGAUAAAUGACUUCUCCCCUGUGUUGAAAGGAGACCCAAGUGAAACAGACACUUCCUGGAGAGGCGAUGUUGCCACCCGAUACCCCAGGCAGAAGGAAGUCUUUGCUAUCGGGGUCCUCCAUUCAGCAAGACGGAGGGAAAGUCCCUGGGACUGGAGGUAAAUCCCAGGGCAGGGUGCAAGAGACCCUGAAGAGCCUGCUGCACAUGGGCUUUGUCUAAAGGGAAAAGCAUGCUGGGGUUGGACCUGAUCCCUGGAAUGCAACUGUGAGGAGCAGCAGUUGGAAAGAGGAUUAUUCCUUGAUGAUUAUGGAGAACUAGCGUGUCAGCAAAGUGUCAGAGCAAACUCUUUCCCACAGGAAUAGUAACACACUCCCACAGUUUAUGGUAGCCACCAGCCUGAAAGCUACAUCAGUGGCUGAAGGGAGCUCCACUCAGGUCUUUCCCAUUUCUUCCUCCUCUUCCCCUUAUUUCUUCUUCCAGUGAAGCUCGAAAGACAGAAACAUCAUUCAGAUCUUGCUAGAUUGUUGGAAAUACCGUGCCUUUGUUUUGGAUGAUUUGUACUGAUGUGCCACUUCAAUAGGAUGUACAAAGCGUGACUUGGGUGAUGACCAUUUAGCCAGGACUGAGCUGGUUAACAAAGUUUGCAGGCUGAGCACAAAGACUGAGUGGAAUGGAAGCAGCCGGCCAUGCACUUAUAGGCCUCCAGUUUUAAACAAGAGAUCUUUAUGAAGGAGCUUGAAAACCAGACCUAUUGUUCAUCUGAAAAUUAAUUCCAGCUGAUUAAACCAUUGGCUUUUAUUUUUUUCCCACCUGAUGCAAUGCAGUGCCUCUCUGUUGGUUUUGAAUAUGUGAUUUGCUAUGCAAUUCAAAUACUAAAUAAGAAAGAGAGACAAACUUUCAUCCCAGGACAAACAGAGAAUCAAAGGUGGAAGGACUGUGAGACCUAAACAAUGUGGAACAAAAUGAGGAAUUGCUCCCUGAAGCUUCUCAUAAAGAGAGAACUAAUGUAUUUUGUAACUGGAAUGCACUGAGGGUGAAAAGGGGAGGAAAAAAGUCUCAUCAGUUAGAGGUUUGUGAAAGUAAAUUAGAAACAAAAGCACCUAAUGUAAUACGCUUCAGUAGAUCUGAAGGGCUAGUCAAAUGGACACUGGAAAUACUGGAUCAAUAGCCUAUUUAAGUGGGAAUAUGUGAUUGAAAAGUGAUUGCCCUCUUGUCUGUUGGAUAUUUUUGUAGGGGACUCAAGCAGGACAUAUGCAGAUGGCCUGUUUUAAUUGGGAUAUUUUGUGCUUGAGUAGUACCAUGUAAUUCGGAAGGGAUUACUACGAAAAAAAAAAAAAAGAUUAGUGCAGAGUUGACUGUGUUUGUAAAUUUCAGCUACUUGCCACACAGCUUUUGAUGCCUCUUAAUGUGAUUCCUAAGGAGCAUGGGGUCCACCCAAGGGUGAAGAGACUAUACCACAAACCUUUGGUCUGCCUGGCAAUGAGUAAUUAAUGGAUGCCUGAUAUAUCUGUAAUCUCUGCAAGGAAAGGAGUUGGUGUCAUCAUGAUUUUCAUGAUGUGAUUUUCCCUCAGGAGAAGCUAUGACUUGGAACGACACCACAAUGGAUGGGGAAGGCUUGCUCGUGGAAAGGGACUCCUCCUUUCGAAUCCUUACAGGCUGCUUCCUUUCUUUGCUGAUACUUUCCACGCUUCUGGGGAACACAUUGGUGUGUGCAGCUGUCAUUAGAUUUCGCCAUCUGAGGUCCAAGGUGACCAACUUCUUUGUAAUCUCCUUAGCAGUGUCAGAUCUUUUAGUGGCAGUCUUGGUCAUGCCUUGGAAAGCUGUUGCUGAGAUAGCUGGUUUCUGGCCUUUUGGUUCGUUCUGUAACAUCUGGGUGGCAUUUGAUAUUAUGUGCUCCACGGCCUCAAUCUUAAACCUUUGUGUCAUUAGUGUGGACAGAUACUGGGCCAUCUCUAGUCCAUUCAGGUAUGAGAGGAAAAUGACCCCCAAGGCAGCUUUCAUCAUGAUCAGUGUGGCAUGGACCUUGUCUGUAUUGAUUUCCUUCAUUCCUGUGCAGCUGAACUGGCACAAAGCUACAACCACAAGCUUUUUAGAGCUAAAUGUCAGUUUCCAAGGCAUAACCAUGGACAACUGUGAUUCCAGUCUAAACAGGAUGUAUGCCAUCUCCUCUUCUCUAAUUAGCUUUUACAUCCCAGUGGCCAUCAUGAUCGUCACCUAUACAAGGAUAUACAGGAUUGCUCAAAAACAAAUAAGACGCAUCUCAGCUUUGGAAAGAGCAGCAGUGCAUGCUAAGAACUGUCAAAACACCACAGGGAAUGGAAACAGUAUGGAUUGCCAACAACCAGAAAGCUCCUUCAAAAUGUCCUUCAAGAGGGAAACGAAAGUCUUAAAGACUUUGUCAGUGAUCAUGGGGGUGUUUGUAUGCUGCUGGUUACCCUUUUUCAUAUUGAACUGCAUGGUGCCCUUUUGUGAGCCCAGCCCACCAUCCAAGGGAGCAGAACCCUUUUGCAUUAGUUCCACGACCUUUAAUGUUUUUAUUUGGUUUGGAUGGGCUAAUUCCUCACUGAACCCCAUCAUUUAUGCCUUCAAUGCUGAUUUCCGCAAGGCAUUUUCAAAUCUGCUAGGAUGUUACAGACUCUGCCCUACUUCCAACAAUGCUAUAGAGACCGUUAGUAUCAACAACAAUGGGGCAGUUGUUUUUUCAAGCCAUCAUGAGCCUAGAGGGUCUAGCCCAAAAGAGUGUAACCUGGUGUAUCUGAUCCCACAUGCUAUUAUCUGCCCAGAAGAAGAACUUCUGAAAAAGGAAGAAGAGGGUGAACUAUCUAAGACCUUGGAGAAAAUGUCUCCAGCACUGUCUGGUAUCUUGGAUUAUGAAGCUGAUGUGUCUUUGGAAAAGAUCAACCCCAUCACUCAGAAUGGACAACAUAAAACAUGAACAUAAAACAUGAGGUCAGCCCAGCAAAAUCCAAUACUCAAAAAAGAUAUACAAGAUUUUUUGGUAAGAAACUCAACUCUAGUGAGAAUUAUACCAUCACGCAAAGCUCAGAGUUGAUUACUGGGUGUUCAAAUCAAACAUAACAUUUUAAACAAAAAAGAUAUUGAAAACCCAAAGGUAUUUCUGUAUUGUUCAUACUGAAUAAAACAGAGACACAAAUUUAGGUACAAAGCAAUGUUAAAGAAAAUAUUUCUUCUGCUCUAUAAACAUUUGUAGAAACUGGUUUCUAUCUUAAAACGGGACAAGAAAAAACCCAUUAACAACUUAACAAUUAAUCUUUGAAGAAAAUGAGAGGAUUUAAUUUGCCAUGUAUAGUACUACUGGGUGCUACCAGCUUCUAAGUAUAGUUUGAGGGAUUAAAAAAGUAGGUAGAUGCCUUCUAAAAUUAUUUCUGAAAAACAAUGAGCCUUAUAAUGAGAAUGGGUAUUUUUAAAGCUCUGGGAGAUAAUAUGUUGAUACUGGUUUUAUUUAUUUAUUGUUUUAAAUGGAUAUUUUUCAUAUGUUAUAACAGAUCUAGCUUUAUUUAACUUAUUUAAAAUGUCUAAAUAAUGGGAUAUUUCAGUGGUCUCACAACUGCAUUUUGACCUAUCAACUAGUCAGCACUUUAAUAAUGACCAUUAAAAACAAACGAAAAAACCCUCUCUGAUAGUCUGGGUAGCCAAUGGAGUAAAUAAAGAAGAAGCAAUCAUAAAAAGCACAGCAAGAGAUGGGGGUGUUAAUGAAGCUGAAGCUGUGUAGAAUUUAUUUAUUUUGGGGGGAUUGCUUAAAAAAAAUAGGACCAGAGUUGAUGGAUUGACAAGCUGAGAAAGCUCUUCCCUUAUAGAAAUAAAAGGAAUUGCUGCUAUUUAUUUUAAAAAGUUUCAUGUUACAAAGACUUUGCUAGAAUGUCAGUUUGUGGAUCUGUAAAUACCUUAAAUAUGAAUACCACCUUAAGAAGAAUCCAAUUUGGGAAGAGAAGCUUCUUAUUUAACAAUCAUUACUAUAUAAUGUUUUGUAUUUAUGUAAGAUAAACAGCUUUCUCAGACUUUUCUUAUUUCAAGUCUUGGAUAUCUUUUCUGAAUAAACACAAUUGAUUAUAAUGGUAGUAAAUAUGACAAAUUUUGUUACCAUCUGUAUUAUUGCAGAAACACCAGUAGUCAAAAAUCAUGCUGUCUGUCUGCUAAUGUAUCACAGCCAGAAUAACUUAACAAGUGAGGUACUUUAGUGCUUUACCUCGAAAACUAGAAUGACAUUUAUUUUUCGUCUUAAUUAUGUUAAUAGUACAUUGAAUAAUAAAUAGUGCCUCAUUUCCAUUUUGGAUGAAGACAUUUCUAAAUGUCUAUGGAGCUUCAAUCCUCAUUUCCAGAUGUCUUGUGAGCUCCAUAAAAUUUGCCAAUGUUUCUUUUGACAACUGCUACUUUUUCAUUGUACUUUGAAAUCAAAAUCCUUGCCUCUUUCCCUUUGUAGUGUCAAAAGCAGUCAGCAAACAUUAGCAACAGCCAUCGGCAGGCAUUACUAUAUGGACACAUUCCAAGAGAGCCAUUUGUUUUUGGAAUGUUAGCAAAAUAUCCUUCAGAAAAACUCUUCACAACCUUUAUCAAAAAGUGUUAUCAGGAAAAGAAAACCGAGAGAAAAAUUAGAAGUCUAAUAAAAUAUAUACAUCCUGCAUCAGGUCUGUGUUAUUUAUGUAUUGUGAAUGUUUUCAUAAUUUUAUUGCCUGUAUGCUGCUUUCAUACAUAUAAUAAAAUUAUUUUGUGAA